UUGUGCUCAGCUUAAUUACCUUAAAUUAGGAUGAGGGUAAGAAAAGUUCUGCUGUCUGCAGUGGCCAUCUGUUUGCUGCAGACAGUCGAGCGCUCACGCUGCUGUAAAUGGAGACGAGGCUGGAAUUGGAUGUUUUGAUAUACCCAGAUGAAGUGAGGUUGGCUACUCCAGAGGAUCUCAGAGAAUGGGAACUCGAGACUGCCAGUCAGGUGUCCAUACCCAUCGUCCGGCUCUUUGUAGCUUUAUACCCAUACAACCCUGCUGCCAUGUCUCCCAACACGGACACAGCAGCAGAGGAGCUGCCUUUUGUACCAGGACAGAUCAUUAAGGUGGUUGGAGACAGAGACUCUGAUGGUUUCUAUCAUGGGGAGUCUGGUGGACUUUCUGGUUAUGUGCCUAGUAACCUGGUGGCUGAAGUUCCAGUAGAUGAUGAGUACUUAAAGCAUGUACUCAUGCAGCAGGGCUUCCUGCCUGUCGACCACACAGGUAUGUCUUUAACGCCCGAACUUAGUGAAUCGGACAGUAUCCCAGAUGAUGUAGUUGUUCAACGUAUGGUUGCCUUAUUUGACUAUGAUCCCUGGGAAAGUUCACCCAACAUGGACAGUGAAGUGGAAUUGGGUUUUCGUUCAGGAGACAUCAUAUAUGUGCUAGGUGACAUGGAUCAAGACGGCUUUUACUAUGGGGAUUUACAUGGACGACGGGGGCUUGUACCAUCAAACUUUCUGCAGCCGCUGCCCUGGGACUAGAAGACGCCACGCUACCAUGCUUGCUGCAAAUGCCAAGUCUCCACUACAGUGAGCUCAGUUUUUAUGAAAAUUUAAUGUGUCAAAUUUGUAUCUUUGAAAUGUUUGUCUUACAAUAUGACAAUACAUAUGCUGUAUUUGAGUAGUGUUUCCACCAAACCAUACUAAUACUCUCUGUAAUUAAUUUAUUUAAUAAAAAUGUAAAUAUAUGUAAGUCAGAUCCCAAAUGAUUUAAUCAAAAAAGUAAAAAGAUUAAAAAUUCCUUAUUGAACUACAGACUCACCUUUUAUUUAUCUAGAUAUUUUUCAUUAACUAAUUCACUAAUGGGAAAAUGAUAACAUUUACCAAAUACAUUUUAACAUUUAAGUAACUAUGUCAUACCUGACAGCGUGCAAUUAUUGCUUUAGCCUAAAAAAAUACAGUAUAUUUGAAUUGUCAGUUUGUCUGAAUUAUCAUUAUCAUUAUCAGCAUUAUCAUUACAGCAUGUUUUUAUUUGCCUUAUAUCCUGCUUAUAUUUUUUUAAAGUAGCUCGUAAGAGUUUCAUUUUUUAUAAACAAGUCACAUCACAGUUUGCUUAAAGUUGUAUUUAUGUCAAUCAGAAACUCGUUAUUACAUUAAUUACAAUAUAUUAACAAAUGUGACCUCAGCCACAUAUUUUAAUUUCCUAGAUGUACUCAUUUAUCAUUCUCACUAUGUACAUUCAAAUGAUUGUCUGUUUUUACAUUGCAUCAUUCUUAUUGCACCAGUUUGUAACAAAUUACUUCUAAUUACAAUAAACAAAUAAAACAGUCAACUUCAA